UGCGUCUUGACCGUCUGUGAACUGCGAGUGCGUUCGUCCAUCUCGGCGCUCGGCGAGUCAUGGCGGCUGCAAAGGGUGCUGCUCUACUGGGACCGACAAUCGUUUUUCGGUGCUCCACCCGCAACACGGUGUACGAGGUGCUCAAGGCAAGGCCCGGGUGGGUCGAGACCCAGGACGAUGUCGACUGGGACCUGUGCUGGGCGGACGUCGGCUGGGUCAGAGACAUGUACGACCAAAUACAGAUGGACGACGACCAGCGGCUCAACCACUUCCCCAACCACUACGAGUUGACGCGAAAGGACUUGAUGGUGAAGAACCUCAAGCGAAUGCGAAAGCAGCUGGAGAGGAACGACUGCCAAGCGGAAGCUGCAAGCUACUGGUCGCUUUAUUUUGUUUGCGGUGCUGAUGUUCGUUGUUUGCGCUUUUCGUUAUUGUUGUCGUUGUCGCUGCUUCUUAUCGUCGGUCAUAUACAGUUGGUGUUGGUGUUGGUGUUGGCGUUGCCACUAUUGUCCCUCGUGAUUGGCGAUACUGUCGGGAGGGGGGGGGGGGGGGGG